CGCGGUUAUAACGGAAAUCUAAAUACGUGCGAAUAACAUCUGGAUAAAUGUGCCGACUUUAAUGUUCCACUAAUUUGGAAAAAUUAAAAGAAGAAAAAAAAUCGCGUAUUUAAUCCUUGAACGAAAGGAAAUCAAAAUGGUAGAUUUGGGCGCGGGUUCCAGUGGCAAAGCUAGCAGAUUUGUGUGUCCCAAUGAUAGACAGUUAGCCCUCAGAGCCAAAUUAAAAACUGGCUGGAGUGUAAAAACAGGCAGUUUAGCAAGCUUCAGUUCAGCUCCAACUUUGAACCAACCAUUAGGAGAAGACGAACAUGAUGCUAUUGUUAAUGUUAUUCAAAGGGCAGAGAAAAUGGACGUUACAGAGCAAGAGAGGGUUGGCAAGUUGGUGGAGAGAUUAGAAAAUAUGCGAAGAAAUGCUUUAGGCAGAGGUCCAAAUCAAUGUUUGUUAUGCGGUGAUACCUUUGGGAUUUUGGGGCCUCAAAAAGUCAGAUGCGUCGACUGCGGUAGAUGGGCUUGUCAAAGAUGCGCCAUAGAUAAAUUAUCAAGCGGUAAAAGCCCUUGUUCCACUAAAGAUCACUACCUUUGUAUGAUUUGCGCAGAAACCAGAGAAAUAUGGAAAAAAUCUGGAGCAUGGUUUUUCAAAAGUAUACCAAAAUACAUUUUACCAAUGGAUUCUAGAUUUAAACGGAACAGAAGCAUGCGGGUAUCUAGAAGAUAUAGGGACGAUGAGAGCAGCUCUGACGACGAAAGAAAAGUACAGCCCUGGAUUAGACAAAGGAGGAAUUCUGGUACAGAAAGUACACAUGAAGUUCCCGACCAAGACUCCUCAAAUUAUUCACUUACAAACAACGUCAGACAAGCAAGUGCCAGUAAUCUGCAGCUCUCUAAAGAGUUAGAACCAUUAAGGAACUAUAUGGGAUCAAUGAAUUUGUCUACAGAUCCUAAAUCUUGGGAUGAAUCUACUAUUGCUGAAAAUAGAGCUGGUGAAGCAAAUGAUGGCACAGAAACUUCUAGACGAGAAUCAAUGGCGUCCAGGUCAAUGUCGGAUUGGAAUUGGAGCGACACCAAAAGUAGUGAUGAAAAAUUGUCGCCCAGUACUUGUAGUAUAAAGAGUUCUGUGGAGAUAACUGAACAAAAACCAGUAGAUACUUCAAUGGGUAUUAUAGAGCUAUCAUUAAACUACGACCAGGCUACAAAUAUAUUGCAUUGUACGGUCUAUAGGGCUAAAAAUUUAAUACCGAUGGAUAUAGGAGGACUUUCAGAUCCUUUUUGUAAACUCAACAUUUUACCUAAUGCUAAGGUUUCUACAAGAUUGAGGACAAAAACUGUACAUAAAACAAGAAAUCCAGAAUUCAACGAAAACUUAACUUUCUACGACAUAACUGAAGAGGACUUGGCUAAAAAGGCGUUACACGUUUUGGUGGUGGACGACGACAGGUAUGGACACGAUUAUAUGGGUGAAGUGCGAAUAAAAUUGGCAAAACUCCGUGUACAAAAUACAAUUUAUUUAACAGUCCCCUUAGAAAACCUACGUCCAGAACAAAAAGGUCCUUUACCAGCCCCGGAACUCAACCAAUGGUUUGACUUCGAUUUGUGGUCACGAGGGCAAAUUCUGAUAUCUCUUUGCUAUUCUACCAAAAAACGAGCUUUGUUAGUGACUAUCAAAAAGUGUGCCAACUUGCUACCAAUGGAUAAUAAUGGAUUUUCCGAUCCUUUCGUAAAGUUACAACUCAAGCCUGAUCCUUACCAUAGAAAACACAAAACUUCAGUGAAAUGGAAAAAUCUGAAUCCAAUUUAUAAUGAAGAAUUUGCUUUCGAAACUCGACCCACUGAGCUCUACAUGCAAAGCCUUUACAUUACAGUUUUCGACAAGGAUUAUGGAAAAAGUAAUGAUUAUUUGGGUGGAUUGAUUUUGGGUGGAUCAGGAUCAAAAGGUCAAAGGCUGAAGCAUUGGCUAGAUAUGAUCAGAUAUCCGGAUCAUAGACAUGAUCAGUGGCAUAACUUGACUGAGGAUGUUUUGGAAUAAAAAUGAACUUAAUACCAAACUCGUGACUGUUGCUGUAACUUCAAUUUAUAUUAUCUAGUUUCAGCCUAGCCCUUUAAAAGUUGGUAAUUAUUGUUAAAAGAUUCAAAUUAGUUAAAUGUUGACGUAUUUUUGUAUGUGAAAUGUGAAGCAGUAUUAUUUUUUUACAAAAAAAAUUCUAUUUAUGUAUAACAUAAAGAACAUAAAGUUGUAUGUGCUAUAAAUGUUCCUAGAGCUACUUAAAGCUUAUGAGUACCUUAUACAAAAAGUAGAUCACUAUUUUCCUAGCUUAAAUUGUUAUAGAACAGAAUGCAAAAUAAUGCGCUUAACUGUCAAAUUGGUGUUAUUGUAUGAAUGGCGUGUAUUUAUUCACAGCCAUCAAAUGAGUAUGUAUGUAGGUACCUACCCAAGUUUGACGACUUAAGAUUUCAAAACCCCAGAUAUUGUAUAUUUUCUCAAAAUAAUCCACAUUCAUUGACUACUGUUAACAACGUUAUAUGAAUGUCGCAAAGAUUCUGGGUGGCAGGAGUCGCUUUUUGAAUCAGUUUUUCGACAAUCAUCUUAAGGAAAAACAACCUAUUAUUACUAGAUACCAAGUAUGAUUAUCUUCUAUUCUAUGGUUAUUAUCGCCGAUUGUGUGUUUUCUGAUGGCUACAUGAACCAAUUCUGGAGCCGCACACUCUUCUACAGUCUUGGCACACCCAACUUCUGGCAGCAUUAACUCUCCCUCUGUUCUUUCGUUCCUCCGUGCGGUCCCCCUUUUCGGUCUUGUGUCUGCUGUUCGUCGGUCAUGUUUCGCAGCCAUACAACUGCAUUUUAGACGCGAGCCUUGGUCUCAGCGCUGAUUUCGUGAUUGUUGAAGACUCUCUCUAGAAGUCGCCCGAACACCGCGCAGUUAAAGCGAUGUUGUAUUUCAGCGUCAAUGGUUGUAUUUGCUGACAGAUGGCUCCUAAGGAAUGGGUAGUGUUCUACGUUCUGCAGAGAAUGGCCAUUGAUAGUUAUUUGGGGCUUGAAAAUGAGUGCUCGGUGCGGGUUGGUGCAGAUUCUGCGUCUUGUUAAAGUUGACCUCUAGACCGAUUCACCGAUUCUCCUGUAUGCCAUGCUUGGUUGAAUACAUUGAAGAUUGUAUUGGCCAUCACGAAUUUACGACGUUAUCAUCCGCAUAUUGAAGUUCAAUUAUCGAUGUCGUCGAUAGUUUCGUAUUCGCUCGUAAUCUGUUUAGCUUGAAUAAGCUGCCUUCAAGUCUGUACAGGACUUCCACUUUAUUUGUUUUGGUUCCACUCAGAACUAGUUCGGAAUCAUUCUGCACAUGCGCAUGUUAUUAAACGCUUUUUUAUUUUUUACAGAAUUCUAAUCGAACUGUAUUGACAGGGUUUUGGUUUAUUUAGAACUACAUAAGAACAAUUCUGGAAUUUUUCUUGAACAGUUCUCUCAAUUCUUGCUGUGAAGGAGGAACUGUUUUGGAAUUUUUAUUAUUUGCGCCUUGUUUUAGUUUUUUUGAUUCCGAAUUGGUAUCAAAAUAAUUCUCCAUAAUUAUUUGUGCGCAAGCAGUUCUGCGCACUCCCAGAUCCAUUCCAAAUGUCGAACCAAUACAAAGCUAAUAUCUUCCAAAGAGCUUCUCUGUUAACCGACUCAAAUGCUUUCAGUAAAUCUAUGAAGGCCAUGUAUACAGGGCGAUUUUGUUCUUUGGAUUUCUCUUGCAUUUGAAAAUCAGAUCAGCUGUACCUCGGUUGGGUUCAAAGGCACACUGUGUCUCUGGAAGAUUCUCUUCAGCAGUUAGACGAUUUGAUAAUAUCCUCUAGCAAUUAAGUAUCUUUCCCUCAACAAAAAGUAAAGAUAUUCCUUUAUAGUUUCCACAUUGAGCGUUGUCUACCUUUCUAAAAAUAGCUCCUAUAGAUGAAUCUCUAAUUUUGGCCGGUAUGGUCUCGGUAAUCUAUAUUUUACUUAUUACAAUGUGGGUUUGGGCACUUAAUGUGGGGCUUUCUUUGGGCACUUAAUGUGGGGUUGCAGCAGUCAUAGCCAGCUGACUUAUUGUUCUUUAGUUUUCUGAUUUUUCAACCUCCUCUAAUCUGGGUACUCCGCUCAGUUCUUGUAUCAAUUUCUGUGGAAUUUCGUUGAAGUUGAGUCCUUAGGUUGGUUUGUUUAUCAUCUCAGUAGCCUGAAAGAAAAUCCUGGUGGCUCAAUCCAUCAAAUUAGUACAAAAGUGGAGUCCAUAAAAUGUUCUGCUAUGAACUACAAGUCGCAUUCGAGGACGUCCACAGAUCUUCACGUCAUUUUGUUUCUUGGGUAAUUUCGACAUAAGUUACUUCAUUGAAGGUUCAAACCCCAUCUUCAAAAAUGCUGAAAAUUCAAUUGGACUCUAUAUUAACUAUUUUAAAUUAAGAAUAAUGCUUCAAAAAAAAUAAUAACUUACUUAGAAACAUCUUUUCUAAUAGGACCAGGAAACAAUGGAAACCAUUUUUGAAUUACCUUGUAACAUUUACCCGAAAUCCCUAAAUUUGGUGUUGCUUAUAUGUAUAGAGUUUGUUUGUAGCAAAGAAAUAUUUUAUGGAAACGUAUAACGUAUAUGUGAAAUAAAGAUUAUGGAAUUGAAA